AUGACUGGCGCGCUCGGUUCGUGGACCGCCGAGGCUGGGGGGCCCGUUGGCCGCCGCCGCUGGUGGGUCGGGCACCUCCGCUCGCAUGGGUUCGACUUCGGCUUCAGGAGCACGAGCGCGGGACUUACGGCGGAGGAGGCGGCUCACCUCACGGGCUCUCGCCAGUUUGGGGGCGGGGCGAUGAUCGGCCCACGGCUGAUGGAGCUGGCGUUGAAGCAGAUCGAGAAGGAAGGGUGCGAGCGCGGCGAAGCAGAUGGUCAACGCGAUGCGCUCCCGCUUCGCGCUGAGUGCUUCGGCGGCCCGCCCGAGGCUGUCGAGCGCAGCGUCUGCCGGAUGGUCAAGCGCCGUGCCGGGGCUCGGUCGCUCGCCGCCAAGCGUUGCGCGGACUUGAGCGUCGCCUCGGCGCGCGGAGCUGCAGGGCCCAUCGUCGGCAGCCUCGCGUCGAGCGCGACCAGGGGCGCGCUGAUUGCCGCCGCCUCGGCACUGAGCCGCGCGAUGGCGCGCAACGCCACCGCGUUGAACUGCGCGACGGGGGCUGGCACCGACGCUCUCGCAUUCGCGAGUAUGUGCAACGCGAGGGGGGCCGCGGCAAGCCCGCCAGGGGUCGCGGACGCAGGCGCCAACAGCCUCGCACGCGCGACAGCGAUGGACGACGCUGCGAGCAGCGCAUUCAGCGACGGCGACUUCGUGCGGAGCGGGGCGAGACGCGCGCCGGAUACCACUUCUGUGGACAGCGCGCUCGUCGCAGCCGAGGACUGCGGCGCUGAGCAAUGCGACGGGGUCCAGCACCAAUGGCCUCGCGUCUACGAGCGUGACGAGCAGCGAAGCGAUCGCGACUCCGUCGAUUAUCACGUCUUCUGGCAUAGCGCACGCGACCCGCACUUCGACGCAGUGCAGCGCGACGGAGCUGAGCGCCGCGGCGGUGUAGAGUUCGACGACGGCGCCCAGCAUUGGCAGCCAGACGUCUACGAGUGCGACAAGCAGCGCAGCGACCACCAAGUUUUUAGCAGCGCGUCCAGGGCCAACUCCGCGUCGCCGGGCAGCGCGACGGACAUCCGCAGCCUCACGCCUGCGGGUAAGACGACGCGCGCGCCCGCGACAUUGAGCAGCGCGGCGAGUCGACGCGGUAACGCGAGCGUGGACGCGCUGAGCACUGCGGCGGUGAACGCGGUGCGGUUCGUCGCGUCGAGCAUUGCGAAGCGGCGGUGCGUUGUGCGCCGCGCCGUCGAGAGCGCGACGGGACGGCGCGGGGCGCUCCUGGGGGCGGGGGGCUACCGGGACCCAGCCCCGACCGUGCAGGCGGACCAGCCCGGCAUCCUCACCUUCGUGUUCGUCUAUCUGUACCGGGGGGGCACCUCGUGGUACGCCCACGACGUUGGCUCGCACGGGGAGGACCGGGGCUCGCACGACGUUGCUUUUUCACCGCAGCGCUGCUGCGGCGGUGGGCCAGUCUUCGAGUCGUCGGGCCCCGGAGCGGGGCCCGCAGAGGGCAGCUCGCGGCGCGACGUCCGGCACGCAGUGCGAGGAGAGGCGCUCGCGGCGCAGCGCCCGAGGAGCGAGCAGCGGCCCGACGUGCUCUGGAGGGACGACGUCGACGGCGGCGCCGAAGGCUCCGCGGACGCACCGCGCCUGUCGAUCAAGCACGAGAGGGGCGAGUUGUCCCAGUUCUCCAGCAGCCUGCGGGAGGAGCCGGGGGAGCAAAGCGAGGACCAGAGCGACUUCAGCGCGCACUCCAGCGACGCCGACGAGGCGGAGUGGAACAAGGGGGAGACCCUCACCAUCACCGACAUCGACAACCUCCGGUCCAUCCUCGAGGCGGAGGGCGUCAACGUCGCCAGGUUCGGGGCGCCUGGCACGACCUACAAGUCGCUGCAGAAUCUGCACCAGGAGCUCAUGGACGGCAAGUGCUGCAUGAAGAAGGUGGAUACCGAGAGCGGGACGCGCAUCAUGCGCUCGAUGCAGGUCAUGCGCGUGAAGCUCAUGUGCAACAACAUGAUCCUCUGCGAGACGCACGAGCAGCUGCCAGACGGACGGCUGCGAAGCAGGAACGGCUACCUCCCGGCCAGCAAGGUGCGGCAGAACGAGUCGCUGGACCAGGUCUUCGACCGGUGGGCCGCGGAGGAGCUGCAGCUGACGGUGCUCGACGAGCAGAAGCGGGACCACGCGCUGGGGGGGGGGCUC